GAUUCAAACAUGGCAAUCCAUACUAGCGUGUGGGUGCAAGUACAUAUCCGUGCUAACUAGUCACAGAGAACGCUCCCCAGCUUCAAGAAAAGAGCAUCACGAACGAUACUAAGCUAGCAUUAGCAUUGUCAACGAGCAGAUGUUAGCCAUGGCUGUUACGUUGAUAGCGUGGCUUGUUUUUUGUAACACCGUGUUUACUAUACCGUUAAAUGUUGCUGGUUUAAAUUUUUUAUAAAUUUUUGGGGAAUGUACAUUCAGUUAAAAUCAAAACAAUGUAAUUUACAAACCUGUCGAGCAUAGACGUUGCUAAUUCCGCGUCGCUCCUGAGGUGCCUUCCUCUGCUUUUUUUCUGUUGGUCUUCUAUGCCCCGUGGGGUGCAUAUGUGCAUACUUGUUUUUCUAGAUGUGGAUACUCCAGUAUAGCGUAGUUUACUUGGCUCCUGAAGCCCAAGCUAAUCAAGCGUGAAGCUGCAUCGUUUUCAUUGGAAUGUGGUGGUUUCUUAAUUAAAAAUUCCGGAGGUAAAAGAGGCUGAUUUUCUCACAGGUCAUUUCCCUGAUGUACUACCAUCAGGCCAGAUUGACCAAAAGUGAUUUUUUUGAAACUGGAAACUUUUAGUGGCCGUUAGAAAGUGAGAGGCGGAGGUGGUUCUGUCCUUGCUGGACAAAAGGAGACGAAGGAGAGAAAGCUACUACUAAGAGGCCACAACUUUGAUCCCAUAGAUGUGCUGCAGGAGACUGUGCAGUUGAAACCCAAGCCCAGUUACAUGUCAGACUUUGUGAACUAUUCUAAGCGUCAGUUGCUGACGCUGAGAUGAGUGGUGGGGCUUUCUGGGAGCACAUAUGCGCCUCCAUAGGGACUCCCGUUUCUAGACUUCCAAGAUCACCGUCUCACAUGUGGAAUCUGGGAAACCUGGGAAAUAAAACUUGCACCUCACUCCAUUGAUCAACGUGGGGGUCGGAUAUUCUUUGUUGUGUUGGUGAUCCUGAGGCGUGUGAUGGUAAAUGACUGGCUGACAUCAGUAUUUCGUGUGAAGGUGGAUCGCUAGGAGCUCUGGUGACCUUGGAGCUGCUUGCUGAGGACAGAGCAGAAUUCCUGAAGGGACACAUGGUUUGGAGUGACAAGGCCAUCUGCUGUAGCGCCAGCACUACAAGGAAGGUGGAGGGGGUUGGACAGAGGGGUGCUGAGAAUUCCUUUUGCUCGGGUGUGGAGGGAGUAGAUAUUCUGGGAUAUCACUGUUAGCCCUCAGCUAGGAAACGUGUUUCUUUGGAGUUUUUCAGACGGAAAUCCGAGGAAGAACUUUGAAACGCUUCAUGCUCAGGAGGGAUUAUUGCAGAGUUAAAUGGGGAAGAUAUUUGCCCGGCCCUUGGGUUUACCACGAAGCCACUGGUGAUAAUGGUCUCGACUUCGUUGGAUCCAGUUUCCUUUCCGUCCCGCUGCAGCCCGAGUUGAGAGACCUGGAUGCGUUAGGCCUUCUGGCACCGAGCUCUCAGGGGAUCAUCUUCAGGGGAUCUUCAGUGUUCAGCAUGGCGGAGUUUUUGUUUCUUGCUGCCCCGUCGAAGUCCCGUGGCCUAAACAAAUGACUUUUUUUAUGAGGCACCUCAAUACAGAGAUGGGCCAGGACCAAACUAAGCAACAGAUAGAGAAAGGACUGAAACUGUACCAGUCCAAUCAGACUGACAAAGCUCUGCAGGUGUGGACAAAAGUGUUGGAGAAAACUUCGGACCCUGGAGGGAAGUUUCGGGUUUUGGGAUGCUUGAUCACGGCUCAUUCGGAAAUGGGAAAAUAUAAAGAUAUGCUCAAGUAUGCCUUGGAUCAAAUCGACACAGCCAGAGAAAUGGAGGACCCAGAUUACCUGACCGAGGGUUACCUGAAUUUGGCGCGGAGCAACGAGAAGCUGUGCGACUUCCACAAAACGGUCUCGUAUUGUAAGACCUGCUUAAACAUGCAAGGCACCACGGUCAGCCUGCAGCUCAAUGGGCAGGUGUGUCUCAGCAUGGGCAACGCUUUCCUGGGCCUCAGCCUCUUCCAGCAAGCUCUGGAGAGCUACGAGAAGGCCCUGCGCUACGCACACAACAAUGAUGACAAGAUGCUGGAGUGCAGAGUCUGCUGCAGUCUGGGAAACAUUUACGUCCAUCUGAAGGACUACGAGAAAGCCCUGUUCUUCCCCUGCAAAGCAGCUGAGCUCGUCAACGACUAUGGCAAAGGUUGGAGCCUCAAGUAUCGAGCCAUGAGUCAGUACCACAUGUCGGUGGCCUACAGGAAGCUGGAGCGCCUUCCGGACGCCAUGGAAUGCUGCGAGGAAUCGAUGAAAAUUGCCCUGCAGCAUGGUGACCGCCCUCUGCAGGCUCUGUGCUUGCUGAACUUUGCAGACAUACACCGCUAUAGGCGCGACUUUGAUAAAGCAUUCCCUCGUUACGAGUCGGCAUUGGGUAUCAUGACUGAGAUUGGGAAUCGACUUGGACAAGCCCACGUGCAACUGGCAGUGGCAAAGUGUUGGCUUCUGCUCAAGGAAUAUGUUAAGGCCCUGGAUUCUUUAGAGCGAGCACAGGCCCUGGCAGAUGGAAUGGGAAACAAGCUGUGCACGCUGAAGGCCCAUUGCCUGAGGGAGGGCAUCUACAGGAGUCAGGGCAGACAGGAGGAACUGCGUGAGCAGGUGGUGAAGUUCCUGCAGUGCGUGGAGGAGCUGGAGCUCUACUGCGGCAUGUGCGGCGAGUCCAUCGGGGACAGGGACCAAAAGCUGCAGGCCUUGCCCUGUUCCCACAUUUUCCACCUGAAGUGUCUGCAGACUAACGGGACAAAAGGUUGUCCCAAGUGUUUCAAGAACUCCAUGAAACCAGGAUUCGUGUGAUUUAGCCACCAUGUUUGACCAAUCGAUCUCCAAACACGGUGCACUGAUGCCUCACAAGCUGCCAAUCGGCCUUGACAGAAGCGGGCAGCCUCGGGGAAGAGAUGACGAUCUUUGACGAGGUUGUAAUUCGUGGCUCUGUGCUGGGGGGGUGCUGAACGGAAGCAGGCCUCCCCAUUCUGAGGACUCUCUCAUCUUCUUGACUGACAUCAGUAUGGAAGUGAGUUAAGAGAACGGGGUAGGUAAAAAUGCCAUUUGCUACAUUUUAAUCCAGGCUGGAGUAUUUGGAUUUUGGUUGCAAGGGUGAGAGGAAGUAGCAAAGCAUUUGGACCGUACACAGGACAUAUUUAUGAACUCAUGCUAGUCUAUGCAUCGGAAAUGUACAAUAAGGAUAAGAGGUUCUCUUGGUGUUCUUUACACUUUAUGCAUAUUAAGGUUUUAUUCAGCCACUUUUGUUUGCAUGAUAUUCUAUUCUUGUACAUACAGUAAUGUAAACAUUUUAAAUAAGGGGAGGUGUUUUCGAACUUAACAAGACUCUGAUGUCUUUCAAAAUAUGUAUAUGCAGCUGUUUACUCCUUGACAUUAAGGAGCCGGAUCAACGCACAUUGUGCUCUUCAUAGAAAUUCCUUUUUCUGUCCAAAUCUGACACCAGUAGUGAGGGACAACGAUGGCUGAACAGGGAAUCUGAUGGUUGCUUUCAUGUAUUUAUUUGAAUGUUUUUUUUUUUGUAAAUAGGCAUUAAUUAGUCAUUUGGAAAACGGGGAAGAAUGC